AAGGACGCUGUUGCCUGAACACAAGGGGAACACUGUUGCUAGGAGACAGUAGAAGGCGACCUUUCUCCAGGCAAAGGAAGGUCAAAUAGCCUGACCUCUCAGAGCAAGGGCAAGGCCAUGGCAGGACACUCGGGACAGAAGGUGAUUCAGGAUGAAGUUCAUCAGAAUCAGAUCUUGCGAGAACUGUUCCUCAAAGAGCUACGAGCACAGAAGUUGUACACGCAGUAUCACGUGAAUCCCCUGCGCAAGGUUCACACAAUUGCCAGGAAGCCCAUGUCUUGGCAUGAUAACUUGGAGGAGCCUGCAGAUGCCAAGUUCCUGAACCUCAUCCACCAUGCUGCACAGGGCCCAAGGAAGAAAUAUGCAGAGACACAGACUGAAACCCAAGAAAUUGGAUGGGACCCAAAUCCGCUGGUCAGUCCAGAACGUCAGGACAACAGGCUGAACCACUUCAGGGUCUACAAUGACAUCACUCUGUACAAGGCUAAACUGUGGAGCUUGGGGGAAGAUGAUCACCAGAAGUAGCAUUCUCUCUCGGGGGAGUGAGGCUGCAUGCUGAAUUCUCAAGGUGUGCGCCGCCCAGCGAAAUAAAUGCUGCUCUUGUUAAAAAUUACACAAGACAUA